AGAUCUAGAGAGGCUUGAAGUGCUCCAGAUCUAGUGUUUGACAUGGCCCAAAAGUUGGAUGGCCCUCCUAGGUUUACCGGCUCGGACUUUUCGCUAUGGAG